GGAGGGAGGACUGCGAGGCCGCGGGGAGGGUGCAGAUAGAGGGGCAAUCUGAAUAAUUGAGGAGCUGUUCGGCAGCGGCGGCUGCCUCCUGCUUUCCUUUGCCGCCACCACCCCGCAUCACGGGAGAAGAGACAAACCCGGCGCUGUAAGUGAGGACCGCCAGCCAUCAGCCCCGGUAGCCAGUUCAUCACCUCCAGCCCUCCGACAUUCAUGCCCAGGAGAAGGCUGCUGCAGGUCCCUCUGGACCUUUCCUGAAAGGGAGAUCCCCAUUCACUAGAUGAGUUCCAGAAGCAGCCACUGAGGCUUCUGCAGCCCACCUCUGUCAGCUGACCUUCACCACUGCCUGUCUCUCAGGAUGAGUGGCUUCCUCACCUCCCUCGACCCCCGGCGAGUGCAGUGGGGGGCCGCCUGGUAUGCCAUGCACUCUCGGAUCCUGCGCACCAAACCGGUGGAGUCCAUGCUGGAGGGAACUGGGGCCACCACGGCACAUGGCACCAAGCUAGCCCAAGUGCUCACCACCAUGGACCUCAUCUCGCUCGGCGUCGGCAGCUGCGUGGGCACGGGGAUGUACGUGGUGUCUGGACUGGUGGCCAAAGAGAUGGCAGGACCCGGUGUCAUUGUGUCCUUCAUCAUUGCAGCCGUUGCAUCCAUACUCUCAGGUGUCUGCUAUGCAGAGUUUGGAGUCCGCGUCCCGAAGACCACAGGGUCAGCCUACACCUACAGCUACGUCACUGUCGGGGAGUUUGUGGCAUUUUUCAUUGGCUGGAACCUGAUCCUGGAGUACUUGAUUGGCACCGCGGCCGGCGCCAGCGCUCUGAGCAGCAUGUUUGACUCACUGGCCAACCACACCAUCAGCCGCUGGAUGGUGGACAGCGUGGGGACCCUCAACGGCCUGGGGAAAGGAGAACAAUCAUACCCGGACCUUCUGGCUUUGGUGAUCGCAAUCAUCGUCACCAUCAUCGUUGCGCUGGGGGUAAAGAAUUCUGUGGGCUUCAACAAUGUACUCAAUGUGCUGAACCUGGCCGUGUGGGUGUUCAUCAUGAUUGCAGGCUUCUUCUUCAUCAAUGGGAAAUACUGGGCUGAGGGCCAAUUCCUGCCCUAUGGCUGGUCAGGGGUGCUGCAAGGAGCAGCCACAUGUUUCUAUGCUUUCAUUGGCUUUGACAUCAUCGCCACCACUGGAGAGGAAGCCAAGAAUCCCAACACAUCCAUCCCUUAUGCUAUCACCGCCUCCCUGGUCAUCUGCCUGACAGCAUAUGUAUCCGUGAGCAUGAUCCUAACUCUGAUGGUGCCAUAUGACGCCAUUGACACGGAGUCCCCACUCAUGGAGAUGUUUGUGGCUCGUGGGUUCUAUGCGGCAAAGUUCGUCGUGGCAAUCGGGUCCGUUGCAGGACUGACGGUCAGCUUGCUGGGCUCCCUCUUCCCGAUGCCGAGGGUCAUCUAUGCCAUGGCCGGCGAUGGGCUCCUCUUCAGAUUCCUGGCUCACGUGAGCUCCUACACAGAGACCCCCGUGGUGGCCUGCAUCGUUUCAGGAUUCCUGGCAGCUCUCCUCUCCCUAUUAGUCAGCUUGAGAGACCUGAUUGAGAUGAUGUCCAUCGGCACCCUCCUCGCCUACACCUUGGUCUCUGUCUGUGUCUUGCUGCUUCGAUACCAGCCCGAGAGUGACAUUGACGGCUUUGUCAAAUUCCUGUCUGAGGAGCACACGAAGAAGAAGGAGGGCAUUCUAGCUGACUGUGAGAAGGAAGUCUGCUCUCCUGUGAGUGAAGGGGAAGAGUUUUCUGGCCCAGCCACCAACACAUGUGGGGCCAAAAACCUGCCAUCCUUGGGAGACAAUGAGAUGCUCAUAGGGAAAUCAGACAAGUCAACCUACAACGUCAACCACCCAAACUACGGCACUGUGGACAUGACCACAGGCAUAGAAGCUGAUGAAUCUGAAAACAUUUAUCUCAUCAAGUUGAAGAAGCUGAUUGGGCCCCGUUACUACACCAUGAGGAUCCGGCUGGGCCUUCCGGGCAAAAUGGACCGGCCCACAGCCGCCACAGGGCACACGGUGACCAUCUGCGUGCUCCUGCUCUUCAUCCUUAUGUUCGUCUUCUGCUCCUUCAUCAUCUUUGGUUCCGACUACAUCUCAGAGCAGAGCUGGUGGGCCAUCCUUCUAGUCGUUCUGAUGGUGCUGCUGAUCAGCGCCCUGGUGUUUGUGAUCCUGCAGCAACCAGAGAACCCCAAGAAGCUGCCCUACAUGGCUCCCUGCCUCCCCUUUGUGCCUGCCUUUGCCAUGCUGGUGAACAUCUAUCUCAUGCUAAAGCUCUCCACCAUCACGUGGAUCCGGUUUGCGGUCUGGUGCUUUGUGGGUAUGCUCAUUUAUUUUGGAUAUGGCAUCUGGAAUAGCACCCUGGAAAUCAGCGCCCGAGAAGAAGCCCUGCACCAGAGCACGUACCAGCGCUACGACGUGGACGACCCCUUCUCAGUGGAGGAGGGCUUCUCCUAUGCCACUGAGGGCGAGAGCCAGGAGAACUGGGGCGGGCCGGCUGAGGACAAAGGCUUCUAUUACCAGCAGAUGUCAGAUACGCAGCCCAACACCCGGACGAGUAGCAAGGCGAAGAGCAAAAGCAAACACAAACAGAACUCAGAGGCCCUGAUUGCAAACGAUGAGUUAGAUUACUCUCCAGAGUAGGAGCACACACACCAGAAAUGUGCACACAUGGUGGCGAUUUCUUUUCAGUAACUUCACCUGUGGGCUAGAAGGUGGAAACUUCUUUGGCUCUCAUUUCAAAACUCCAGCCUUCCCCAAAGUCAGUCCCCAGUCAUAGCCUGUCAUUUGCCACCUCUGCUCUUCACGACAGUUCUGCGGAAGGGCUUCACCUGGGUCCCAUAACUAGUCCCCUUGCAAAAGCAAACAAAAAACUAAACUAAAAGUUAUGAGAAAUUCUAUCAGGUGCAACCAUCAGAGCAGAUGGCAGUGUCUCCCAGGCCUUUGCUUUGCUGGUUGAGUCUUUUUGCUUCUUACUAAGGCCCCAAGAAGCAGGGAGUGAAACCCUUGGAGAUGUGCCAAAGCAGGUGGGGUUGGGCACAAGGCAGCAUUUCAACCACCUGAGAUCUCAAGGGCAGAGCCCUGUUCUCAGAACGCUAGGCUGAGAGCCACUCCUCGAGGCCACGUGGCACUUGGCACUUUCUCAGAAAGCAACAUUUUGUUCUGAAAUCUCACAAAAACGAAUUCAUGGUGAUGCAUACUUCUUUUUCCUUCACCAAGAUUCUCACAGUCUCCAAACUAGAACUUUAGGAUGCAGCAAAGGUCAGGAACUCUGAGACCAUGAUCCCAAAGAUCUCAGACUCACUGUAAGACAGUCAGACCCAAUAAUAAGGUAAGAAGCACCAUCAAAACUCUACUUAAAUGCCCAGGAGGGAAAAAAAAAAAAACAAAACCUGAAUAACCAUCUCUUGCAGUGAAGGCCAGAAGGGCACUGGCAAAAAUUAACUCUCUGUCAUGUCAUGCCUUCUCUUACACCAGACUCUAAGCUCCUGCUGAUAUGAUGAAAGAGGGCAAAGUAGGAGCAUGAUUUCAUGGCACUAAUAUGCCUUGAAGAAGUAGGCUGUUUGUUUUAUGAUCAGAUAAAAAAGCUUUACAAGGAGAAGUGACCCAGCCACUGAGAUCACAUUGCAAACUCUAUUUCAGAUUUCUUAAAUUAUAAAUUCUGAAGUUUUUUGAGAUAUGCAACCACUUGAUUGGUGGGUGCUAAUCUGAAAACAAAAAAUACUUAAGCAUAGCUACUUAGGUAAUCACAUUCCAUGAGAUCACGUUUCAUUCUGAACCCUACUCCUCUGGAGUAGCUCACUUUAAGACAUGGAUUUUUCCUGUUAUUUCCCAAAGUAGUUUCACCAAAGCCCAGAGAAAAAAAUCUACCUGAUAAGGUCUAAACCUUGGAGAAGUGCAAGGCAACCCACUCCAGUAUUCUUGCCUGGAGAAUCCUCAUGAAUAGAGAAGCCUGGUGGGCUACAGUCCAUGGGGUCACAAAGAGUCAGACACGACUGAAGCGACUUAUCACACAAGGUCUAAACCUGGACCGUAAGAGAGGCUCUUAAAGAUUAUUUUCUCAGAAACAAACUAGAAGAGGAUAUUUGCAACAAGACAAAAACACAUGGUCUAUGCAUUCUAGUCUUGGGUUAUAGGGAUUCAUACAGUACCUUGAGAUGUGUACACAUGUAUGUGAAGGCACAAUUUGGAUCAAGCUAAAAUCUUUGUGAGGAUUUCCUGAAAGCAGGGUAAAAUAGUAACUUCUUUGCUCUCUCUGUCUCCUGGAUCUUCAGUUAUGCCAAAAGUUUUCCAGAACAUCAACUAAUGUUUAGGUCUGUUCUUUCUUAAAGGUUGAGAUUUGUGCCAUCUUGGCAUGGUUCAGGAUUAUAGACAGGACACAAAAGCACAUUUUUAUGUGAAACUAACAAUGAUCAAAAAUGCACCAAAUGCUAAACAAUAGGAAUGAAAAGAAAUGUAACAUCUGCCCUUGGACGUUCACAGCCCAGGGAAAGGGCAGCACCGGAACCUGAUAAAUGUAGAUAAAACAACCAAACAUGGCAAGUCCUCUUGGCUGAUGAACUGGGCUUUAAAAAUAAUAAUAUUUAUAAAAAGGCUAACUGAAACUAGUUUGUCUUUAAUAAAUUGGAUUUCCCACCUGAAGCCAAUGUAUGCCAUUUAAAUUCAAAUAAUUACUGUUCUCCAGAUCUUUUUUUUUUUCAUUCCUCUAUAACUCUGGUUUUCCUGAGGUCAUUUUUUCAUCUUAAUGUAAUGCUUGGCAAUUCCAUUUCUCUCUCCCCUAAGAUUAACCAUAAAGAUACAGUGGCUGAUGUGUGAAAUAUAUCUCUGGAGAUUAAAUUAGUACUUCUUGUGAAAACAAACUUUGGAACUGGUCUUAGGACUGAACAAAUCUGCCUAGUUUAAAUAUAAUCUAUGAGACUUGAGACAUAUCCAGACAGAUGGGGUGUAGCUGUAUUUAUUAAAAGUGAGAGAAAUAUGAGAAAUAUGAGAAAUACGAAUGCAAAAUAACAAAAUCUUAACAUGCGUGAAAGAGCUUCCUUUUAUUAAUAAGGUGUAAGUAUUACUGUAACAACUGUCUGCUGGCAGAUAUGUGGAGUUUCUGUAGCAUGAGAAGAGAGGACUCAUACUUGGUAAACCCUGUUGGUACUGAUUUCAUAAAGACUCUCUCGAAAUCACCCUCAUUCCAGGAGUCAUUUUUCUCAAAUAGUACCUCUAUAUUUUUUUUAAGCUUUGCUCUCUUUAUUGCUCCAAAUUCGUUAGUCAUUUCACUAGUGACCUUGUUUUUUUAAAAAAAAUGUCAGUAUGAUAGAAAGUUUUUCAAGAUAAAUAGACAUGUUUUUCUCUCAUGGUUCCCAGCCUCUGUGAAAUAGACUCAGAUUUCACAGUGCAAUUUUCAAAUAUCAUUAAUCACUAGAAUGAUACUAGCAUCUCCUAAUUCAUUUUCUUAAGACUAUAUUUGUGGGACCACAUUAAAAGUAAGAUGACCCUAUAAUUACCUCAGACACUUAGCCCCUUGAACAACAUCCUAGGAAGACCUAUAUGUUACUGAAUCCUCUGUAGCAAGAGCUCUUUCAGUGAGAUUUCAUAAUAUGGAUUUAUGGCUUGGAGCUAAUUAUUUGGUUUUUUAAAUGUAUGCUACUUAUUAGUACUCUCCUUCAUUUCCAGAGGAUUUCAAGUGGUUAUUAAAAUACAUAUAAUACCAAAAAAAAAAAGGAAAUGAGGAAUGUGAGGCAAAUAAAAAUAGAAAAGAAAGGAUAAGACAAAGCUAGAAGUGCAUUUAGUGCACAGAUGGAGAACCUUGAUAUGCAUUGCUAAAUUUGCCAAUGAGGGAGCAACUUAAGAAAUAAUGAAAUUGUUGAUAAUGACAGCAAGAAGUAUUUCAGCAUGAUAAGACUAAAUCUUUCCUCAGGAGGGCAAAGAAUUGCAAUAGCCUAGACCAUUGACACCCACAGAAAAGCUUCAGGGCUAGAUUUUACCAACUACAUGUGCCUGGCUUAUAGUGGGUGUUCAAUAAAUAUCUGAUAAUCUGAUGGAUGGGUAGAUGGAUGACUGAAAGGAAAAUGAAAUAACUUAUUCAACAAUAUUUGUGGAGAGCAUAUUAUGCACUGUAGAGAUUCAAAUAUGGAAAAGACCUUCCUCCAGUGGAAAGAUCAAAGAGAACGCAGCCCUUUUGUUGAGCCUUGUGGGAUGGGCAAAAUUUUGCCAGGUAGAAAUGGAGAUGCCUGCCAAGUGCAGGAUCAGCAUGAGUAAGGUAUAGAUUGUGGCUGAUAACUGUCUCUUGACUAAUAAUUUGUGCUGUGUCUCCUUCAAGGGAAAGCAAGAAGCUAGUCUGACAAGAAUACAUGAUUCAAAUUUCGAACUGUAGGAAAUAAUGCUGAGAAGGCAGGUCAGGGCUCAUGCACAGAUAGACAUGAAUGUUGAACUGAGCUCGCCAGCUCUCCUUGGGUGGGGAGGCACUGAGAAAAUGAUGAAAGUGUGAAUCAGUGAAGGCUGGACUUUAAGAAGCUGGAGCAGUGGCUUCCUCUGCCCAGGCAAGGAGUUAAUAAACACAUACACACUCCAAGUUGAUUUCACAUAUUAAAGGGGAAAAAUAUCAAUACUUAAAACAACAUAUGAUACUUCCUUUGAAAUCCUGUCUGAUUUCAUCAUUAGCCGAGGAGAAGUUUGUUCAUUUAACAUGUAGAUAGACAACACAGUUAUUCCCAGCCACAUUAAAAUUUUCAGUAAUACAUUUAAACAACAAAGCUAACAACAUUUUAUAUCUAUCUAACCUAAACGUUAAAACUGCAGCUCAAGAUUUUACUGAAACCUGAGUACAAAGCCACUUUGAACUAGUGAAAGGUAAAGAAUGACAGAAUUAGGUCAAGAAUCCAGUUCUACUUCUUAGUAACAAACUAACAGCAAAUCAAAUAUCAACAUAGUGGUAAUGAUGAGCCUUUUUAAUAAACAGAGGGAGAAAACUACUGAAUUUAAUGAUCUUUCUUUCUCUAAAACCUAUGGGUUGGUCAGGAUAUAAACCUAGUAAUAUUGGGAAAAUAAAACACAAACUCCUUCAAAGAAAUAUUUUCUCCCAUUCCAAAAAGAGUUGAUGAACCUGAACUCCUUUACACCCCACUUGUUGGAAAUCAGCUUUACAAGGGGCUAUAACUCUUCACAGCAACAUAAAGAGAAGCUACAAGAGUCUGAGAAUCAGCCUAAAAGACUAGAAGAAAUUGCUGUCCACUUUCUCACCAGGUUUUAGCAGGGCUGAGAUGUCAGUGAAAGCCCACUGAGGGUCAGCCACAGGUAUACUGAUUUUGCGUCUCCGAUUAGACUGCCUUCUUGGGUGGAGAUGUCAGAAAUCGGAAAACGUGUCUGAAGGCACAGCUGGGGUCAACUCACCGAGUCCAGGAGGCAAUCAGCAGUCCACUCUUGGACUAAAGCCCUCGGGUUAGUCAGCACUCCGAGGCUGGCCUUAGUAUCUUAUGCUAGUGGAGAGAACAGAGCAAAGGAAACACACCCUCCAAAUGUGCCACGUGGAAUUCGCUCUCCAUUUUCUUGCUGUUUUAGAACAUAACUUGUUCAGGAGUGUUUUUCUAUCCCAAAUAUUCGCGGAGCCUCGGUUUCUCCCAUAUGCAUGCACCUCCCAGACUCUAAGGACCCCUUUGUCUACAAGGGCCUCCAGAGUCCCUCGGAAAGAUGGGUGCCAACCUGUACGCAGCAAUGGUGCCGCAGUGAAAGAGCCAGUAACGUGUAAAUGAACAAAGCGCACGCAGGACAGCGUCCCAGCCAGCAGGCCUCCGCCACGACCGGAAAUCCGGAUGCUGUUUUCCCAAAGCUAUUGUAUUUCUCAGCUGGAAUGAUGAUGGGUAGCAAGAAACCCCUAUCGUGUCCGAUAGUCCUGUAUCUACUUUCAUUGUCUCAAAGAUUUUAGAGGAGAGGCUGUUGUUAACUUUCUUCCCGCUCAGGAGCAAGUUCGUUUCUAAAAAGCUUUCCUCUUUUUGCUUGGCUUGAGUAACUCACGCAUCCUUUUGAAAUACCUAGGCACUUACCUUUUGCCAAAACUCCUUCUCUAAGAAAACGUUCUCUUCUUUUUUUAGAACUUAAAGCCCAAAAAGGAUUAGUGGACGUUUUGAAGGCCAUCGAAAGUGAACAUAUUUUCUGUAGUAUCAACUAAAAUAGUGUUAGAAGUCAUUAAGCAGUAUACCACCUGUAUGUAGUUAACAAAAUGCACAACAGCUUUGGGCUUGAAGUCUUUUGAAAGCAGGCAACUGUAAGUCCAUAUUCUUUCUAUAAGAACAUGUGUGCAUUUUGAUACCAUAAGGAAAGAAAAUGGCUUGGUAUUAGAACUUGGUAUUAGCCUAUGGAUUUUUUCAUAUAGACUCUGUGAUUUUCCCCUCAUUUUUCUGACAUUGGCAUUGGUGACAUUGGCUAAUGGGAACUGUGGGUCAUGUGAGUCCCCCGGGAAGUGCAGACUAUGAAAGACUGUGUUCAUUCUGGUACUGGGAUGUGGAAGCCGUUCCUUGUACAUCUCUUACGGAUUGGUCUUUGCAGUUCCAGAUACUUUGCCUCACUCACUCAUGCUCACAAAAGCUAGAAUCUACCCUGGAAAUCAUAAACCCCGACUUUCCAAAGCAAAAGCACGGUUAAUGCUAUGAUGGUGUAUAAAUACCUCAUCUGUCUGGGCUGACAGAAGGGGCUGCAGGUCUUUUAAAGAGCAGCUACAGUCCUCAUUCCAUGUUGGCACACCAUCUAACCAGGACUCACAUUCUAGCUUUUCUCACUGUGGAAAAGAAAUGUUACUGUUUAAUUCAUAUCCAAAGUUAUAAAUACAGCUUGUAAAUUUUACUAACAUGUUUCAUUUUUGUUUGGUCCUUAAGAAGUACAACUUGCUUUCUGCAGAUGGUAACUUCUGGUGUUGUUCUCUGCUUUUUUUUUUUUUUUUCCUGGUAUGAACUUCUGUAUUUGUUAAAGUUUGUUCGUUUUGUGAUUUCUAAUUCCCAUUGGUGCACUGUACAAUGGGGUGUGUAGUGUUAUGAAGAAAGAAAUAAUAUGCAGAUAUGUUAUGAAGUGUGUUUUAUUUUUAAAUGACUGUGAUGUUGACAAUAUAUUGAUUUAUCAAGAUACUAAGGGAAAAAUUCUAAAUUUACCAAAAUGUGUAUAUUUUAAUAAAUGCAUAAAGCUUUA